AUUUUUUCAUUCUGUCGUCAUGAAUGCUGGUGGUUUAUCGAUUCCUGUUUUCAGACUACCUGAAAAACCACGGAAAAUAGUAAUACAUGAAUUAACAAAUAUAGCUAAACUUUCAUUUUCAUUCUGUUCGCGGAAGACACACGAAAUUAUUCGCUCUUUACGCGUCAGAAUUAACAAAUUCGAGCUGCGAAUUUAUACCGACGCUUAUAUAGUAAUUAAUAUAAAUUAUAAUAAUAUAAGGACAAGCAUUCGAAUACUGUUGCACUCAUUCUGUAAAAAUCAUACAAGGAUCCGAUCGGAUAAGCUGGACAAGUUGGAAGUUGAUGACCUUGCGUGGAGAACUUUCAAAAUUCGUUAUCACUCGUUUCAAUGGAACAAUAGUGGGCUGACGUUGAAAGAUUUGAUAGGAAAUCUAUAUAGUCUAGCUCAUAUGAAGAUGAUUGACGUUUCAUAUCGUGUUGGAGACAGCUAUCCAUUCGAUUUUGAAGCUCUUCGUAAAACAUUUGAUGUGGUGCCAAUUCGACGACUAAAUCUAACUCAGUUUAUUGAACUAGAUGGUGCAAUAUUUUGGAAUUGUCGACAUGUCGAUAAGAUAGUGAACGUAUUUUGGCCAUCCACAAAGGUAAUUGACUGCGAUAUCAACUUGUUUGACAAUUCAAAAUGCACUCAUCAAAUCCUGGCACGCAAUCUUUAUCGAAUAGAACAUAGAAUAGUAUUUGAUGUAGGUGUGAACUAUUCAUUACUAAUGAAUAGAUUAUUAGUAAGCAACCUGACACAUUUAUCAUUGAAUGUUAUUUCUGUGAAGGAGUUGAACUUGUUCCUAAAACAUUGGGCCAAUGGAUCAAAUCCACAAAUGGAUUUUCUCACUGUGGAUGUAGACGAGCAGAAUGUGACCUAUACUAGAGUGCUAAGUGGAAUAAGUUAUACAAAUGUAUCAGCACAAAACAUUCUCAAGUUCAAACAUAUGCCAGAUAACAACAAAAACUAUGUCAACAUGGAGGAUUUUGAUGUAUUUGAAGGUGGUAUGAAUAUUAAACGGAUUGAUGGAACAGUAGCGACUAUUUGCAUUAAGAAAUGUUAUGCUUUAAAGAAUAACAUAUUUUUAAAAGUUUUACGUCAAGAAGGCGUUUUUAUAAUUGAAUAAAGCAUGCUCAUUUAUAAUUGUUUCACUCAUAACAUGAAUAAAUGAACUUAAUACGCUAA